ACCGUACUGGGGGAGAAACAGAGACCAGGAGAAAAAUAGAGCCAGUCUGGACUGGGAUGUUUUAUAAACAUCCAGUAUACGCCUCUAGAUCAAAAUUAGAAACUAUAGGUCCUGCGUUUACGGCAACAGAAAAGCGAUUACGGGCCUCAGGCUGGGACAGGCCCGUGAGGGCAGCCGCCAUUUUUAUUAGGGGCAAAGUGUAGCAGAACGCAUGCGCAUGUUUCUUCUUGGGUGGGGGUGGAGCGGAACGAAGAGGAGUGUUUCCUCAAAUUGAAAACAAGAGAAAUGUCUGCUUUUCUAAUUUCUGUCAUGGACUAUCAGUGACUUUUCGUGAGCUCGUUUUACAGGAUAUGGAUUGAGAAUGAUUUGCAGACCAGGAUCUUAAAACAAGUUCUGACAGUCAGCGGAAAUGAUCAGGGUCUGAAUAUCAUUGGCAUUUCACUGUGGAAGGAGAAAGGGAAUAAGGAACCUUCCAGUGUCCCUGCUGGCUACGUAUGCAGGAAGUGUGCCCAUCUGCAGCUACUGGCUAAUGUUUUUGGAGCUAGAGGUGUGGAUGGACUUACUGUACAGCAUCUGUGACGCUUACAAUGUUGUUGUCAGCACACUUAGCGAGGUGGUCAUACUGCAGCUGCGAAUUACACAGGCCAAAAAGGAAUUGGUGACCAUCAGGAUUUUGAACAUUGAAGGAAAUAGCUCCAUUCACACCGGGGAGAAACACAUAUCGUCCGUGUGUAGAAGAGUCUAUGAAGAUUCAUCUGAGAUGUCCAAACAACAGCACAAUCACACUGGGGAGAGCCUUUUCAAAUGUGGGAAUUGCGGGAAGGGAUUUCUUUACCAAUCCCAGCUGGAAAAUCAUCAACGCAGUCACACUGGGGAGAAGCCAUUCACCUGCUCUGAUUGUGGGAUGGGAUUCAGUCAGUCAUCCAACCUGCGGAUCCACCAGUGGGUUCACACAGGGGAGAGGCCAUUGACCUGUACUGAAUGUGGAAAAGGAUUCACUCACUCAUCCAAACUGCUGGAACACCAGCGGGUUCACACUGGAGAGAGACCAUUCACCUGCUCCAUUUGUGGGAAAGCAUUCGCGCAGUCAUCCAACCUGCUGAUACACCAGCGAAUUCACAGGAGAGAGAAACCAUUCACCUGUUCUGAAUGUGGCAAAGGAUUCACUCACUCAUCUAAACUGUUGGAACACCAGGGAGCUCACACAGGGGAGAGACCAUUCACCUGUUCUGAAUGUGGGAAAGGAUUCACUCACUCAUCUAAACUACUGCAACACCAGCGUGUUCACAAUGGAGAGAGGCCAUUCACCUGCUCUGAUUGUGGGAAAGGAUUCACACACUCAUCUAAACUGCUGGAACACCGGGGAGUUCACAGUGGGGAGAGACCAUUCACCUGCUCUGCUUGUGGGAAAAAAUUCACUCGGUCAUCCAGUCUGCAGAUACACCAGCGAGUUCACACGGGGGAGAGGCCAUUCACCUGCCCCAAUUGUGGGAAGGCAUUUGCUCAGUCAUCCAACCUGCUGAUACACCAACGAGUUCACACUGGGGAGAAACCGUUUACCUGCUCCCAGUGUGGGAAGGGAUUCACUCAGUCAUCCAGCCUUCGGAUACACCAGCGAGUUCAUACUGGGGAGAAACCAUUCACUUGCUCUGACUGUGGGAAGGGUUUCACUUCGUCAUCCAGCCUGUUGAAACACCAAGGAGUUCAUACAGGAGAGAGAGCAUUCACCUGUUCUGAAUGUGGAAAAGCAUUCAUUCACUCAUCUAAACUACUGGAACACCAGGGCGUUCAUACUGGCGAGAGACCAUUCACCUGUUCUGAAUGUGGGAAAGGAUUCACUCACUCAUCUAAACUGCUGGAGCACCAGCGAGUUCACACAGGGGAGAGACCAUUCACCUGUUCUGAAUGUGGAAAAGGAUUCAUUCGCUCAUCUAAUCUCCUGGAACACCAGCGAGUUCACACCGGGGAGAGACCAUUCACUUGUUCUGAAUGUGGAAAAGGAUUCAUUCGCUCAUCUAAACUGCUGGAACAUCAACAGGUUCAUACCAGAGAGAAAUCAUUCACCUGCACCGCUUGUGGGAAGGGAUUUACCCAAUCAUCCAACCUGCUGAGGCACCAGCGAGUACACACUGGGGAGAAACCAUUCAUCUGCUCUGAUUGUGGGAAAGCAUUCGCGCAGUCAACGAUCCUGCUCAUACACCAACGAAUUCACAGGAGAGAGAGACCCUACACGUGCUCCGACUGUGGGAAGGGAUUCACCCAAUCAUCCAACCUGCGGAGACAUCAGAGAGUUCACGCUGGGGAGAAACAUUCAUUCAGUCAACUCACCUGUUGAUACAGCAACCUGUUCACCCUAAAGAGAGACUGUUCACAUGUUCUGUACAUGGGAAGGGAUUCACUCCAUCAUCCAAACUGUUAGGACACCAGUAAGAAGACACCAGGUGGAUUCUGUUCGCCUGCUGUGUUUGUGUGAAAGGCUUUGCUGUUUGCUAGCACCCCAGUAAAUUCACACAGAGCCUAAUGUGAAGGAUUUUACUACUACCCACACCAAGGAAUGAACCUUGAUCAUUGGACAGUUAUUUUGAUGUUAUUAAACCCUGCUGUAUUAAAGGUGUUGAUAUUGUAGAUACACAACUGUAUCAAUGUUUUACCUCUAGGUUUUAGAAAUAAUCACAAUGGUGCUGUACAUAAACACUUUUACAAUAGGUAAAGAUCUGCAUACUGUUUAUAAAGCGAUUUUGUGGUUCCUCAGGAGGGGCUAAACAAAAAUGAGUUUCUUAGUAACUGUCACCGUUGGAUUUUGAUUCUAUAACCAAACAGUUUUGUAUUCUGGGCCUUUCUCUGAUGUUUGUAAACAGCACAGGUUCAGUUACCUGU